AAUAAAUAAUAUUUUAUUUUUUUAAACAAUUGAAAUUAUGGAUGAAGAAACAAUGGGUUUGUUUAUAUUAUUUUACAAGCCAAUUAAACAUAUCUUUAUCUUACAAAUAUAACAACAUUUUUAAAAAUCAUUCUAUUUUAUUAAAUGUCGAUGAAAAAAUGGAACAGAAUUCUAAAAGUAUAGAAGAUAAUCUUUUUGAUGAAAUUAUUGGACACAUUGAGGAUAUUUUAUUAGAAGAUGAAUUUAAUGCUAUUCGACAAAAAUUUUUAGAUGAUUAUUGGAAUGUUUUUGAACCCAUAGAAGAAAAUAAAUUGAUUUAUACAAAUAUAUUCAAUGAAUAUAAUAAAACUGUGGAAAAUUACAUUGUUAAUUAUUUAGAAAGAACUGUACCACAUUUUAAUCUAGAUACAUUUUUAAAUUAUCUAAAUAAUAAACAAAAUGAAUUGGAAGGUGAAGUUUUUGAAGUAUUAUCAACAUUUACAAAUUUUAUGGCCUUCAAAGAAAUGUUUCUUGAUUAUAGAGCUAUAAAAGAAGGAAAAGUCGAAGAUCUUAGUAAUGGAAUAUUUGUUACAUCCUUUAAACCUUCUAAUAUAAAUAACAAGGAAUCUUUUAGAUAAGAAACUUCAUUAAUAAAAAACAAAUAUAUUUUUAAAUAAAUUGGAACAAAUGUUUGCUAAUUUCUAUUUUCUUUUUAUAUUUAACUGUAACUUUUUAAAAUCACUAUUUAUUCUUAAUUUAUGUUUAAUUUAUGUUUAUAACUUAUAAAAGUACAAACAAAUAUGUACAUUAUAUUAAUAAUAUUCUAAAAAAUUGAGGAAUUGUUAAUAUUGAUUGGUUUGCUUUAUGAAUUUACACAGAUAUAUUUGUUGUAUCACUUAAAAUAUUAUAUUGAAAAUAAAAUAAAAAAUAUAACAUAUUUUUCAAUUCAGCA